GGCAAAGCCCACCUCAAGAAUUAAAACUACAAAGAAAAUCUGAUGCGACCUCUCCAGAUUGUCCCGAGCCAACUGUUUUCCCAGCUGUGCUGUGGCCUGAAGCCUCCAGCCCCCACACACACCCAGAUUUGCCUGACAAUGACUCGUCCAAAUUCAAGUACGGCAGAUUUUCAUUUUCGCAAGCUUUUUUCAAAGGCAAAGCAUAUAGUCAUCAUUUCAGGAGCCGGUGUUAGUGCCGAAAGCGGAGUUCCGACGUUCAGAGGAGCCGGAGGUUACUGGAGAAAAUGGCAGGCUCAGGACCUGGCGACCCCACAGGCCUUUGCCCACAACCCGUCCCGGGUGUGGGAGUUCUACCACUACCGGCGCGAGGUCAUGCAGAGCAAGGAGCCCAACGCCGGGCACCUCGCCAUCGCCAAGUGCGAGGCCCGGCUGAGCAGACAGGGCCGACAGGUCAUGGUCAUCACCCAGAACAUAGAUGAGCUGCACCGACAGGUUGGCACCAAGAACCUUCUGGAAAUCCAUGGUAGCUUAUUUAAAACUCGAUGCACCUUGUGCGGAAUUGUGGCUGAGAAUUACAGGAGUCCAAUUUGUCCAGCGUUAUCAGGAAAAGGUGCUCCAGAACCUGAAACUCAAGAUGCCAGUAUCCCAGUUGAGAGACUUCCCCGAUGUGAAGAGGCUGGGUGUGGGGGCUUGCUGCGACCUCACGUCAUGUGGUUUGGAGAAAACCUAGAUCCUGCCAUUCUAGAGGAGGCUGACAGAGAGCUCGCCCUCUGUGACUUAUGUCUAGUAGUGGGCACUUCUUCUGUGGUGUACCCGGCCACCAUGUUUGCCCCCCAGGUGUCUGCCAGGGGAGUGCCCGUGGCCGAGUUUAACACGGAGACCACCCCAGCCACGAACAGAUUCAGGUUUCAUUUCCAGGGACCCUGUGGUACGACUCUUCCUGAAGCCCUUGCCCGUCAUGAAAAUGAAACUGUUUCCUGAGUGUUCUAGGAAGGAGAAAUUAUAGUAUAUCUAAGAGCUAGACCACAAGCAGAGGAGAAAUGGUCUUGCGGAUAGUGAGUGAAAUAUUGGGCAAUCUAAAAAUAUCCUGAUUCCCUGGGUGGAAUCCAGCCGGUUGGUAGACGAUGAGGACUUAGCAGUAGCAAGAACACAUGCGUUUAGAAAUCAGAGAACUGUGAAGUGAAUUCCUGUUACCUCGUGUGAACUGAAACAUAAGAAACCUUUGAUGCAGUUGAUUGGUUAUUGGGUGGGAACAAAUUUUAUCAUUAAAUUGCCUAAAAAA